AUGGACAGCAAAGUCAAGUACCUAGGCAUGAGAAUCGGGCCCAGAUGUGCCUCGUUAUCGUGGCGAGGUCCAUUCGAGAAACACCUCGAACGUGCCCACAUUGAGAGUGGUCUGGACAUCGGUUUUUUGCUAACCAUGCAGUUGUACAACGCAUUCAUUGCUUCGGUGUUGUGUUUCGUGGGGCAGCUAGACGCGUUCCCCCAUGAGUUCGCUGGCUUGGAGAAAGAGGCGCGCGCCAUACGGUUCGGAGGCGCCGAGGGCGGCAGCGCGGGCUCCAGAUCCGGCGCGCCCAGGGAAGCGGCCUCUGCCACGGCCGGCGGCCUCGUGCAGACGAAGCCCAACGACCCGUGGGCCUGGAGCACCGGGCAUGCGGCGUAUUACGCCCAAGUCAAGGACAAGGCGUCUGACAAGAAGCGGCGCGGGGCGUCGCGCUCCCGCUCUCGCCGCGGCGACGCCCGCGGCGACGCGGCGCCCGCCGGGCCGCCCCGGGGCUCCAGGUCGCGCUCGCGCGGCGGGGAGGCGGAGCGCAGGCGCGACCGGAGCCGCUCGCGCGGCCGCAGGAGACGGGACAGGAGCGAGAAGCGGCAGCGGGACGUGGAGGUGGAGGGCCCCAGCGAUCGGGGCCUCUUCCGGGUCAACUGUGUCUUCGGCGUGGGGCUGAGCAUCGGCCGCACCAUGACCGCCACGGGCCCGUGGCGGACCUCCAGGGAGGGCGCCGAGGCCGACGGCGAGCGGCUGCGCGCUGCGUACUACCAGGGCGGGCCGUCCACGCUCACCGCCGUGAAGAACGCGCUGUACGCGGACGAAAAGAGCGGCGGG